UCCUUGACUUGAGUGAGGCUUGCCUGCCUUGCUUGGCUUGCUUGGCGCCCCAACGUGCUGCCCCAGAAGAGACGGCUCGCAAAUAUAAAAGGAUCGCAACCUUCCCUUCCACACCCACCCACCCACCCACCAAACGCAAACUCGCUCUCUUUCGCACUUCUCGCAGCACACUUCGCUUUCUCGCAACCCCGUCCCAACAACACUCCACAACACAACCUAGCAAAAAUGGCUCUCACCUGCUCCGACAUCUUCAAGUUCAUUGCCGCCGUCAUCCUGCCCCCAUUGGGUGUCUUCCUCGAGCGCGGAUGCAGCAUCGACGUCCUCAUCAACCUCGCACUGACGAUCCUCGGUUUCAUCCCCGGAAUCAUCCACGCUUUCUGGAUCAUCCUCAAGUACUAAAUAAUUCGGCGACUCGCAGCCCCACUUACUGUGUAUAUUAUACCCAGUGCCCCGUCGGCGCGUCCUUUGCGACUUUUCGAGAUCGAACUCAGUCACCAUCAGGAUCGCAAUUGCGACCCUACCAACCUGCGCAAAACAAAGCCGACGCCCCCCUACGCAGACGAUUGGAAACUUCCUCAGGACGGGACGCCUGAGAUCGACGUCCGUCCGAAGGAAGCCUUUAUUGCCCCUACUUGGCAGUGGGAAAAAAGUACGCGGUCAAUAGCACGCUCAAUCACCAUCUUCUGCAUCGUGUUUAUACAGCACGAGCAAUCCCCCUAGCUAGGUAGCCAUCCAUCCCCCCCCUCCCUCCCCCUUCCAUUAUCAUAUGUCAGAUAUGUACAUGAAUCACAAGUAUCGCCAUUAAUCUAAUAUUGCGACCAUGACCUGGAUGUCAACCUUAAUGCAUGC